AUGACCGACAUCUCUUGCCGCGGUGCCCAACCGGCUCUUGAAGCGGCCAAAGUCCUAGAUGUCGCGGGGAUCGCCCACGUCUGUGUCGGCUGGCUGGCAGUCGCUCUGCUCGCAUUCGAUGCAAACCUCGGGGAAGUCGAGCUCGUCGUCCGCGACAAGGACUUUGCAGCCGCGCGGGCAUCGUUGGUCCAGGGGGGAUUCCGUCUCUGCGAGGACGCCCAGUGCCGGGAGCUCUGUGACCGUCGACCUCCCCCCCUCGAGUCCCAGGAGCAGCUCUUCUCCCUGAACGAGUGUCAAGACUUUUUCGCCCCAAACGCCUCCCACCUGAUCGCCUCGGCCCAUUUCCACCUCGGCGCGCAGUACAGCCAGUGCACCGUUCUGUCCCUGUACAAGAAGAGCGAGAUCCUGCGGUGGAUUCCCGUUCUCGAAGACGAUCCCGGAAAGGAUGACCCCAGCCUCAUCUGGCUUUCCAACGAUGCCCCCCGGCUGCCCCCGGCACGUCCCGACGGACCUUGCGGCCCAUGGAGGCACGCGCAGGCGGUUCGACUGCUGAGCCCGGCGGCCUUCUGCGAGCUCCUGCUCUUCCUAUACUGUCGGGACUGCUCGCACGUCGGACUCCGUCAGUUUAGCUGCCGCGCAAUGUUUGAGCGUUGCGCCGGCCACCAAAUGCGCCUCGACAGGCGGUUGAGACCCGAUUUCCAGGAGGUUUGGGAGUCGAUGGUGGACUUCUUCGCGCAUAAGAUAGGCCCCAGGGAUCCCUUCCCGGCCCUGCAUGCACUUCGUAUGCGCCUGAUCGCGGCCGAGGAGAUUCUGUAUGAAGAGAUGCCCCAGGUCGACGAGGAUGCCAUCCGUUAUUGA